CACACGCAAUUCUACGAAGUAUCCACUUUAUCUACGUAGAAGGGACGUGCAUCUAUCGCUCGCCCUCAGUCGCUAUAUAACCGAACUAAGUGUGUUAUCUUAUCAACUGGUGUUUUACACUGGGAUAGUAGGUGAAUAGAGUACAUAAACAGAUUUCGUCAUCAUGGCUGAACCCGAAGUGAAAAGGUCUGACAGUCAGGUCAUGCGCAAUGAGCCUCCGGUGAAUAUGAAGGAGGAGUUCCUUGACCUGCUGAGCAUGUCGUGGCAGGUGUCACUGGCGACUGUCACGCGAAUUGCUUUGACAUCCAUUGACUCAGCCUUCUUGGGACAUUUCGGUACACAAUAUCUUGCGGCUGCAUCGUUGGCGCAAGUGUGGACGUCGCUGCCUCUGAUGGCCGUGUGGGGUGGCACUGCUGCGCUGAUUACGCUGUGUGGCCAAGCCUGGGGCGCCGGCAACAAAGAGUUAGUGGGUAUCUGGCUGCAGUUCGGAGUUAUUAUCACUCAGUUUUUGGGUCUGCUGGUGUUCAUCUGGUACUGGUGCGUAGGGUUUGUGCUACAGUACUCGUCACCUGAUCCCGUGGUCGUUGAGGCGGGUGUUGAGUUCGCACGGAUGCUGUCCUUCUCCAUUGCGCCGUCGCUGUUCUACGCCUGCCUUCGCCAGUACUUCCAGGCUAUGGGCAUUAUGUGGGCCACUACCAUCUGCGGAGUGACAUCCAUUCUGCUGACUGUGCUGCUUAACUGGCUGUUGAUCUACGGCUGCUUCGGAUGGUCUGGUCUGGGCUUCAUUGGAUCUCCUCUAGCCACCGUCAUCGCCAGUUGGUAUCAACCGCUAUGUCUGUUCCUGCUGUGUGUCACCUGGAAGGGUUACCACAAGGAUGCUUGGUAUGGCUUCGACCGCAACGCUUUGAGCGUAGAGCGUCUAAAGGUGUUCGGAGGAAUCGCCUUCCCCGUGGCCAUGAACAGUCUGGUGUCUACUCUAGCCAACUCUGCGCUGACGCUUCUGGCUGCGCGAAUGGGCUCGGAUGUGAUUGCCGCUAAUGCCGUCAUGGGUGGACUGUGGUCAAUCAUCUGGGCGUUGUUCUGGGGUUUCGGUUGCUCCACUCAGGUUAAGGUGGCCAACUAUAUGGGAGCAGGACGCCCUCAAGCGUCGCGUAAGGUUGCCUUGUGUGGUCUGGCGUGCAGUAUUGUGGUUCUGUUGAUUCUGCUGUCAACUAUUUUCUUCGCCUCGCGAAAGUUCUUCGGCAUCUACUCCAACGAUCCCAAGAUCUUGGACAUGUGCGAGGAUGUCGUCUACAUCUACAUUGUUGCUGUGCUCAUUGAAAACUUGGAGGUGCUGUCUGCCGCAGUGCUCACUGGAAUGGGAAGUGUCAGCAUCAUCUUCUGGAUCAGUACUAUCGGCACGUGGUUGAUUGAGAUUCCCGUUGCCUUUGUUCUGGGCAUUGUCUAUAAGAAGGGAUUGGCUGCUCUGUGGAUCUCUAUUCUUGUCAUGGAGAUCUUCAAGCUCAGUUUCUUUAUCGGCAAGCUGAUGAUGAUUAAUUGGGCCGAGCAGUCUGCGCUUGUCAUGGCAUCCAUGGAGGCGUUGCCUGAAGAGGAUGAAGAGGCUGAGGCUCUGUUGCCCGGAGGUCUUACCGCUCGCCGCAAGAGCUCAGUAUUCGAAGUCACGAAGAGAGACAGCCGUCGUUUGUCAGAGGCAAUGGCGACAUCGCUGGAGAAUUCAACGCUCAUGAACUCCAGUCAACAGAAGCAGCCCAUCUAAGCAGCCAAUCGCACUGCAAAUUCGAAUUUUGUGGAGAGUUCGCUGCCAAAGUGAGACACGACUGAUUGUUUAUUAGAGAAUUGUAUAUGUGGGGAACGAAAUGUAUUAAAUCAUUGUGUAUUAUAAAUGAACCUGUAGCUGUGU